AUUGAUAACAUCUUUCGCUUCACCCAGGCUGGUUCAGAGGUGUCUGCAUUAUUGGGCCGAAUCCCUUCUGCUGUGGGCUAUCAGCCUACCCUGGCCACUGACAUGGGUACUAUGCAGGAAAGAAUUACCACUACCAAGAAGGGAUCUAUCACCUCUGUACAGGCUAUCUAUGUGCCUGCUGAUGACUUGACUGACCCUGCCCCUGCUACUACGUUUGCCCAUUUGGAUGCUACCACUGUACUGUCGCGUGCCAUUGCUGAGCUGGGCAUCUAUCCAGCUGUGGAUCCUCUAGACUCCACCUCUCGUAUCAUGGAUCCCAACAUUGUUGGCAGUGAGCAUUACGAUGUUGCCCGUGGGGUGCAAAAGAUCCUGCAGGACUACAAAUCCCUCCAGGAUAUCAUUGCCAUCCUGGGUAUGGAUGAACUUUCUGAGGAAGACAAGUUGACCGUGUCCCGUGCACGGAAAAUACAGCGUUUCUUGUCUCAGCCAUUCCAGGUUGCUGAGGUCUUCACAGGUCAUAUGGGGAAGCUGGUACCCCUGAAGGAGACCAUCAAAGGAUUCCAGCAGAUUUUGGCAGGUGAAUAUGACCAUCUCCCAGAACAGGCCUUCUAUAUGGUGGGACCCAUUGAAGAAGCUGUGGCAA